GUUCCUCUCCCGGCCGUCGCCCUCGGGCCCUUCGCCGCCCUCCCCCUCUCCUCCUGGGCCCUUGCCGCCCCUCCUCCCCCGAUCCGCUUCCCUCCCCCACCUCGGCCCUUUCUCUGCUCCCCCUCCCCUGGGCCCUGCGCCUCCUCCCUCCGCCUUUCCCAAGGCACCAGAUGCCGAUCGCAUCGCCUUCUCACUCGGCUCAGGAGCCCUGCCUCUACCCCCGGCUUCGGGCUGGGCCGUCUCCGCCCAAGGACAGCGGCGAUCGCAGCCACGACCAAGGGGCAUCGGCCGAGCAACCGCGGCCCCCGAGUAACCCAGAAACGGGCGGGGGCCCGGGCUCCGAGGUGUUGGUGCGGCAGGAGCCGUGGGACCGGGGCGCGGGUAGAUUCCCCGCCGCCGCCCCGCACCAUUUGCUGGAAGCUCCCCGGACGCGGUCCAGAUCCAGGUCAGGACUGGGUGGCAGCAGCGCAAACCCGCCUUACUGCAGCCAGCCGAGGACAGGCGGCCUCCAGCCGCAGGCUGGCUGCCAAGGCCACGGCGACAACCCUGCCAUGGGGCAUGGAGCCACGGGCACGGCGGCAGGAGCGACCAGGCCGGCAGGUGGCAUGGAUCCUUCCUUUCAGUAUCACCCAAGUCCACAUGACCUACCUUUCAUUGAAGAUGGUGAUAAGAGUGAAGAAAGCCCAAGUCCGAAGCGCCAGCGCCUGUCUCAUUCAUUUUUUGAAUACGCACCAGUAUCUCCUGCCCCCUCACCACCAAUGCGACCAUGGGAGAUGACUUCAAAUAGGCGGCCUCCCUCAGCUCGACCAAAUCAACAUCACUUCUCAGGGGAAAGAUGCAAUACGCCUUCACGUAGUAGGAGGAGUCCUCCUGUCAGACGGCAACGAGGGAGACGUGAACGACUAACUAGAAAUAGUUCUCUGAGCCAAGAUGAAAACUACCACCAUCAUCCUUAUGGACAACAGCCAACUGUGGAGGAACCCAGAGCAUUUCAUCCUCCAAAUGUAUCUCCACGCCUGCUCCACCCUGCCGCACACCCUCCACAGCAGAAUGCUGUGGUGGUUGAUAUCCACGAACAGAUUCAUCAGGGCACUGUUCCUGUCUCAUAUACUGUUACUACUGUAGCACCACAUGGUAUCCCACUUUGCACAGGACAGCACAUCCCAGCGUGUAACACACAACAAGUUCCAGGGUGUUCAGUCGUAUUUAGUGGACAACAUUAUCCUGUGUGCAGUGUACCUCCUCCGAUGCUUCAAGCGUGUUCUGUACAACAUCUGCCAGUUUCGUAUGCUGCAUUUCCUCCUCUUAUCUCCAGUGAUCCCUUUAUAUUGCACCCUCCACAUCUGUCACCGCACCAUCAUCCUCAUGUUCCACCUCCGGGUCAGUUUGUUCCUUUCCAAACGCAACAGUCACGGUCGCCUUUACAAAGGAUAGAAAAUGAAGUGGAGUUACUGGGAGAUCAUCUUCCUGUUAGUGGUUUCACUUAUCCUCCAUCACCACACCCGCCUACCCUGCCUCCAUCUGCACCACUUCAGUUCCUGCCGCAUGACCCUCUUCACCAAGAGCUGCCCUUUGGAGUUCCGUAUCCUCAUUUCAUGCCUCGAAGACUGCCAGGACGCAGAUAUCGCUCACAGCAACCCUUACCACCUCCACCUUAUCAUCCCAGCUUCUUGCCAUAUUUCCUAUCAAUGCUUCCAGUGCCACCUACGGUGGGACCAGCUUUUAGUUUGGAAUUGGAUGUGGAGGAUGGUGAGGUGGAAAAUUACGAGGCACUUCUUAACCUGGCAGAAAGACUGGGAGAAGCCAAACCACGGGGACUAACAAAAGCAGACAUUGAACAACUUCCAUCAUAUAGAUUUAAUCCUAACAACCACCAGUCAGAGCAAACAUUAUGUGUCGUGUGCAUGUGUGAUUUUGAGUCCAGGCAAUUACUUAGAGUCUUACCCUGCAACCAUGAGUUUCAUGCCAAGUGUGUCGACAAAUGGUUGAAGGCAAAUCGUACAUGUCCAAUUUGUCGAGCUGAUGCAUCAGAAGUUCACCGUGAUUCAGAAUGAGACCAGUUUAAUAGCACAAAUUUGGGUUUUCCUUGUUGCAUAUGAAUGAACUAUCCAUUGAACAUGCCUAUUGUGGCUUCCAGCCUUCCCUUUACAUUAAGGGUCAUGAUGUGAUGCAGUUAUUUGACCUCCCUUUGCACUGUGUGAUUUAAUGAUUUAUAAAGCUUAUAUAGUCUUCACAUUGAACAAUUAUGGGAUUGUUAUACUAACAGUGUGAUUGGAACUCCAAAGAAUUUUUUUCAGCUUAAUUUGUGUGUGCACUAACAUUCCCUGUUUUUUUUGUGUGAUCAUUCCAGGUAUUGCUGCAGGAUUACAGUGGAUGUGAUCUUUUAGCAUGUGUGCUUUUAUAUAUUUAUACACACACAUAUAUAUGUGCGUGUAUUAUAUAUUAUAUGUAUAUAUCUAUCUAUAUAUAUAUAUAUAGAUAUAUACAUAUAUAUAUAUUAUAAUAUAAAGGUAGUUCAACAAUUUUAGCAGUCUACCUUAUAGAGCCUUCAGGUACUGUGAGUGAGAGUGAUUGUAGGUGUGCAAGUAUUCUAGCCACAUGUACUUUGUCAGAUGAACUUAAGUACUGGCAUGAUGUGAGUUGUAUGUGUGUAGUCUUAAUUAUGCUGAAAUGUAUAGUUGUUAUUUAUACAGUACUAGUACUGUACACUGGUUUGUUUCUUUCUGUUUGCAGUUGCACACUGUAAGUUAAGGGUGCAGCAAUUAUGAAAAUUUUUAUCAGCCAGUUGCCCCUCAGUAUUGUAUAAUGGCAUAUUAGAAGAACAUAUGAUAAAACACCCACACUAUGAAUAGUAAAGGAAGAUGUUGAUCUGUAAUAUGGUAUAUUGUAACCCAGAGUACCAAAGCAGUAGAUGAGUGAAAUACUUUGCUGUCCUGUGAUGUACAAUGAAUGUAAAUCGUGUAAGCAGAACGACAGAGGGGUUUGAAAGCUGGGUGUUGUAUAAUAAUAUAUGUGACUGAAAUUACUGGCCAGUCUGAUAACGUGGGCCAUGCAUUGUGCAAAAUACUCCUAUAAGCACCUUAAGACCUAACCUAGUUUGUUCAGUUAUUUUGCUACCUUAAAAAGAAAAGAGAUUUCUCCAUUUUAUCUUCUGAUCUUAAUGAGUAUUCCCAUGUUGCAACCUGUCCUAAUACAAUAGUCAUUAUUGUUUACUUCAAAUUUCCUGGUUUUAGCACAGAACAGCACAAGAAGGCAUUCUACUGCCUUCAGCUCCACCAUUCCAUGGUAAUAUUUCUGAUCAAAUAAAAUAUUCUCAAUCUUAAGUAUUUUAGUUCUUUAUCUAGACAAUGCUCUAUAAUAUUUUGUAUCAGAUUCAGUAGUUAUUUCCCCAUAUCGACAAAGUAACCCCAGUAAAGUUAUUUACACAUAAGAGCCCAAGACACAAUGUUUGGAAUUUUCAUUUAAAAUUUGUAGGAAAGCACUGAGCAGUUAUUAGGUCUAUUAUAUGGUAACAAAUAUAAUCAACAGUUUGAAGUAUUCGAUUCAAUUUUUAGCAAAUUUUGUAAAACAAUAUUGCAAAAUUACUAUUUUUAUAGUAUUAAAUAGGGGCCGACUGCUGAAUAAAAACAUUUGGAGAAAAAGGACUAAAGCAGACUUGGAUUGGAGAAAUUUAGUUGUUUUUCUUUGAUCCUUCAAGAUUGUAAUCGACUCAGUAGUCAUUUAAAUCCUUAUUGACUAUUCUUGUAGAUUUUUAACAUUUUGCUAAUAAAAAUUGACUCUAAUAUUUGAUUGAAGCAAAGAUUGCAAUCAGUUGGUUUGGAAACUCUCAUUAUAGGAUACAACUUGUGAUUUAUUGUAAUUAUUUAAUGGUCAAAAGUACACCAGACAAUUUAUGUUGUAGAUUUGGAUUGUUGGGAUGAAUUGAGAGCCUGGUGUUGCCACAGACCAGACCUGGCCUAUAACUGCUUGUUACUUAUACUGGGCACAGAAUAGGAACAAAUUUUCAUUUUCCUGCCUGAUUAUUUUCUCAUGGUCUUAAAAGCUGAAAGCAAUAUUAAUUUCUGGCCUUUGACCUCAGUUGUAGUUGUGAUUAAAUGCAGAUUUGUGGACCUUGUGCAAGUACCUGAGUUCUCUAGACUUUUAUGGUGGAGUAUUAGUAUUUUAAUUUUCUAGUUUUGAAAUGUUCUAUGAAAUUAGAGUCAUUAUAACCUAGAGAUAUCAAAGAUAUAUAAGCAAAAAAAAAUCAAAUUAUAACUGCACACCAGAUAUUAGCAACUGGUAUUACUUUUUCACAGAUUUGUUAAUGGUCUUGAUUUUAAAGCUGUUUCUCAUAAAGUUUAUCCAGUACUUCUAAAAGGCCCAGACUUGGAAGCUUACAGAGACUGCUGAAAAUGUAGAAAUAGAUGCUAUCAUUAUCACUAUUCAGUUAUGUGUGCACAAUAAAUAUUUUUCAUCAUGACUUCCUCAUCAGGCCAAAUGCAAUGUAUAAUUCUUGAGUGGAAACGAUGCGAAAAAGCAUAGCCAAAGAUUGUAAAUAUUGCAUGAAGAAUUUGUAAACUAUAACCAGGGUGACCUAAAUUUCAGAAUAUUUAAAAUGUUCUGGACAAAUUUUUCUUCUUUAAAUUAUUUAUGGAAUCAUGGAAGAGAAAUUGUAAAUACGGGCCUCUUAGGAAUACUGGAUUAUUAUUAUUCAGUCUACAAGGUAUCUGUGUAGUGAUAUGGAUGUGCACAAUUUUAAAGCUACAGGAUUUAGAUUGGAAACAUUUAAAACUUCUGGCAUGAAUAGAGUUAUAACUUUUGUUCUUUCAGAAUAUAAAUCUACAUUUCUGAUUGGAAGAUCUUGAAUGUAGCUUUAAAACAAAUUUGAAGUUUAGUUGAGUUUUUGGUUAUUGGCGAUGUGCAUUCAUUCCAGUAGUACUAAAUGUUCCAUGGCACUACACUAAAAGACAUCUAUAGUGCCAUGCACCAGAAUGUACACAAGCACUAUGUGACACUUUUUUUCUCAGCAAGAUUACUAGUUCUUAAAAUGGUUUGAACGAGCUUUAAAUCAGUUUUUGUGCAUAUAAUCCACAGCAACUAUAAUGGUAAUGCUGAGACAAAUGCAAAGGCUGAACACAGCAUUAUCUGAAUGAUGAUAUUUAGGCUAAACAGUGCUGCCAUAACUUAUUUUCAAGGGUUAAUUACUGACAUGCCAUCAUAAUUAAUUAGAAGUCAUGUGUCAGAAUUAAUGAGAUAGGAUAGGAAUUCUUUUAUUUGGAGGGAAUAGCUUUCAUUUAAUUUUCAUAUGGAAAUUGGAGACAGGAAGCAAAGUAACAGUUAGGUCUGGUUAUUGGCAAGGUUAAUUGUUGCACUCUUAAUGCUUAACCACUUUUAAAAUGUUUCUUAUGUUUGCAUGGAGACUGUAGGGCAGAUGUGUGCAGACUUUGCUUUCUGUGGUCAGUGUGUUUUAAGUACAUGUGCAUGUGAUUCAAACAAACUCAUACUGGCCAUGGCUGCUUCUGCCCAGCUGGGGUUGGUUUGGGUGGGAAUGGGGAUUCAUGCUGAGCUAUUACUGCCAUGAACUGUAAUGCGCAUUUAUGUAUUUAAUCCCACAGUCUGUAUGAUGUAAGAGAAGCAACAACUUGCAGUAGGAUUUGUUGUGUUGGUUGACCCCACAAGUAUUGGGUUUAUCAAUGUGUCCAGCUCACCAUUUUGUGUUUUGCAUGAGUUUUCGGUGAACAGUUUAAAACUUCUGUUAAUUGUAAACAAAUAUCACAAAGACCUAGUGAUAUCCCAGGUUUCAGUCAUUAUUUCAAGAAACCAAGAGUGUAAAACUAGACUGUUAAAAUUCAAAAGGUUUGCCAUACUGAUCCUUUUUUUAAACAAAAGGUUUAUUCUAAAUACAGCAACAUUUGGUGCAACAUCUUAAAAGUGUCAUAUUGGAGGUGGGGUUUCAACAGCAGCCUAAAUUUCAAGGGGAAAUAAAACCUGAAGCACACACAAUCUGGGUCAUCUUUAGGUCUUAAUGGACAUCUUUUGAGCGGGAUUUUUCUUUGGUACAUAUACAGUUACCUCAUUUGCCACUAUAUAUUUAAAAAUUGCUGAUGAAUCAGUAAAAAAGCAAAUUAAUUUUGUUGGAAACAUUUGAGCAUUUCAUUAAAUCAUUCAUAUAUUCUAUCAUUUAACAUGACAAGUAGUUUUCAGUGUUGUAUUAUAAAUCUAUCUGUAACCAAAUCAUUUGAAAGCUUGAUAAAUUUUUAACAAAAUUUGUACAUUUUUUAUGGAAGUUACUAGUAAUGCUUUACUAAGUAGUGCAAUGAAUUUUUAUUUUUAAUCCCUGUGCCCAAUUUUGAAGUUGAGAGGGUUGUU